UCCUCCCUCUCGCUCGUUUGCUUCGCCAGGAACCGUAUGCCCAACAGCUUGUAGGCACGCACGGAUAAUUCGGUGUGUUAAACUUUAAACAUAUAAAAUAUUUUUACGUUUUUCGCUUCUUUAUUGACCGUAAUAUUUUGAUUGGGUUUGUUGUUUGUGUAGGCUACGCAUCCAAAAAAAUCAACACGUUUUACACGGCGCCACUACAACAAUGCUUGCCCAACUUCAUAACCGCUAUGAGGCUUUGUUGAAUGAAAAUAACUUUGUGACAGAUCUCCUAGCUACGAUGGAGGAGAAAACUGGGAUACAGAAGAAAUAUAUCGCUACAGGUGUGGUCUCUCUGAUCAGUCUGUAUCUGUUGUUUGGCUAUGGAGCCUCUCUCCUCUGUAACCUGAUUGGCUUUGUCUACCCAGCGUACCUCUCAAUCAAGGCCAUAGAGAGUAAGAAGAAAGAGGAUGACACUCAGUGGUUGACCUACUGGGUGGUCUACGGAUUCUUCAGUGUUGCAGAGGCUUUCUCUGACAUCUUCCUCUCCUGGUUUCCCUUCUACUAUGCUGGCAAGUGUUUGUUCCUGGUGUGGUGUAUGUCUCCGGUGACGUGGAACGGUUCUGCUAUUCUCUACUCCCGUGUGGUCCGUCCCGUGUUCCUCAGACACCAGGCUACCCUGGACAGUGUCGUCAACAACCUGAGUGAUCAGGCCAAGAACAUUGCUGAUACUGUCACGAAAGAAGCUGUCAACCAGGUCCUCAAGAAUGACAAGAACCAGUGACCGACCGAUGUAUGACCACAAGCCUCAAAGACGCCUCGACUCCCAAUAAACACACAGAACCACACAACCGAGUGUGUGAUGUCCCAUGAAGGAUGAUAAUGGACCGUGUCACGUGAUCAGUGGCCGGUGACCACCCUGCAGCACGCAAGGGACUUGUUUGUUUUGUCACAUUCUAGUCUGUCUUUUUAAGUUGCAUGUAUCAAUGUUAUAUGAUGAGUUUCCCAUAAUCCAGGUGUUGUGGCAUCUGUUAAUCGGCGCAGCGUGACUGUUUUUAAAGACGGUUGGAAUGCAACCAGAAGCUUAGGGUAGCCACCACACAAUCCAGCUGACCUCUAAACAAUGCGAAUGUCUUAAUGUAAUCUGUAGCCUACUGUCAGGUAACCCAUGUGCUGUAGAUGUCUGUGAAUCAGUGGACUCUCUCUCUCGACGGAGACACGUUGACUUCACAAAUCCACCCGUAGCCAAUUUCCCCCUUUGACCUACCCCAGCACUAACACACCAGACUCAAUAAGUCAGACUGUGAUAAAUUAGCUUGUUAAACCAGGUGGGUUAGUGCUGGGCUAGAACAAAAAUGGCCCCAUAAUAAUGGAUUGGGAAACACUGUACCAGGGGGUAGGGGCUAAUGGAGGUGUCUAGGGGUAUGUUUGGGAUAGAGCCAUUCUGAGCUGGGUCAUUUCCUACAAGAUAGCCAUGUUAUUUCAGUCUCUUGUAAUUAGUGCGUACAGUAGCAUGUCUCUGCAAUGUCUGCAGAUCUGUGCCAAAGAUUUUUACUCCAUCAACCUGCCUGAACAAAAUGAUUUAUGUAAACUGAACUGGAAAGUAUGUUUGUUUAGUACGUUCUCUAUUCUCAUUGUCUUUAAUAAAUCAAACUGGAACCUGA